UGUCAUUAACAACUGACCUCUGGUCUGAUCGCAGGCUACGCUCCUUCCUUGGGGUGACCGCCCACGUGUGCUACAAAUCAAAGGAUUCCUAUGCACUUGAAUCCUACCUGCUGGACUGUAGGCGUUUCACAGGCAGACAUACUGGAGAGCACAUUGCGUCUGCCUUUGAGGAGAUCACAGAGGAAUACGGUAUCAUGACAAAAUUAGCUAUAUCAUAACAGACAAUGCUGCCAAUAUGAAAUGUGCUUUCAAAGUACACAUGCCCCAAUCUGAUGACAGCGAGAGUGAAGAGGAGCAUUUAGAUGACGAGCACCUGUGGGAGGACAUUAAUUCUCAGGAAGACACCGAAUUACCCUGGUCAUCUGGUGCACGUCUUUCCUGCUUUGCACACUCUCUACAAUUAGUUGUGAAUGACGGCAUGAAGGAGGUCAAGGCCAUUUCUCACACAAUAGCCAAAACAUCACGGUUCACCACCUUAUUGCAUAGCAGUUCACAAUUCAAAGACAAGUUUGAGGCUACGUUUGGCACUAAUAGGACCAUUCCAGCUGCAAACACAACUCGAUGGAACAGUAUAUUUAAACAAGUACAGGCCUUCACAGCUCUGGACCACAAAGCCCUGAAUGAAAUGUGCAGCAAGGAUCACGAGGAGUUGGUGUUUAGUGCCCGUGAGUGGAACCAGCUGAAGGAACUGAGUGCAGUUCUUGCUCCAUUUUCUGAGGUAACAGACCUGACAGAAGGGGAGAAAUCAGUUACCAUUAGUAUGGUGGUUCCAACUGUCCUGGACUUGAAUACACACCUCCUCAAGAUGGAGGACACUCGAAUGCAGUGCCAGUCAUUGGUCAGAGCCCUCCAGCAGUCUCUGGUGAAAAGAUUUUCUGGAAUCUUUUUAAAAACAAGCAUGGCCAAAGACAGUGGAAGAGAGGAACCUUUUAACCACAAUGUUUACUUCUUGGCCACCAUGCUGGAUCCUCAGUUUGGCUUAAGCUGGGUGGACUUAGAUGUUACCAAUGGGGGAAAUUCAACAUCAGUGAAAAAGUUCAGAGAUGAGCUUAAGAAGACACUGACAGAAACAUUGAUCUUAGAGGUGGAGAAGAUGAUGGACAUGAAAGAAGACACCUGCUCAGAAGUUGUGAAUGUGGAUCCAGCCGCAGCCAGUGAUUCGCCACCAAACAAAUACCCUCGCCUUCUGUCCCGCUACAAGGCAUACAAAAAGCACAGCUCAGACCAGGAUUCAAGCAUACACACACAGAUAAGGAAAUACUUUGAUGCCAUCCGUGACUUUGACACAGACAAUGCACUUGUCUUCUGGGCAAAAAACCACACUAGAUUUCCACAACUGCACAAUUUGGCAAUGAAGGUCCUAUCAGUCCCUGCCUCCUCUGCACCAGUGGAAAGGGUUUUCAGUCGAGGAGGCAUUUUAAUGAGACCCCAUCGUGCACGUUUAGGCCACAGAAUGUUGCAAUCACUCAUAUUUCUUAAAUGCAAUGAAACACUUCUUUAA